AUAAAAUCACGUUAACGGUUAAAUUUAGUGAUAAUAAAAUUGAAAAAUCCUCAAAUUAAAUAAAAAUGAGUGUUACUAAAACCCAGGGGCCCUUAUACGAUCCUGGGCUCUGUAGAUGCUGUGGUAAUAUAAAAAAAUGUCGCAUUUUAAACGUUGAAUACACGCAUCAUGGUCAAAAAGAGAUAUAUUCUGAUCUGUUUGUCGAUUGUUUUGGUUUACUGCUAUCUCAACUUGACGGAGAGCCAACAGAACGGCUGAUAUGCGCUACAUGUGUUACAAGACUGCGGGAGGCCAACUGUUUUAGAUUGCAAGUGCUACAGUGUGAAGAGAAGCUGCUGACGACGAGAGUUAAUGGUUUUGAUAACGAUGAUCAAGGAAAAGAAAUAAAAUGUGAUACAGUUAUCAAAGAAGAGGUGAAUAUAUUGAUUGAACCUGAAUAUGACGCGGAGCCAAUGGAUGACCACCAUUCAGAUGAUGAAAAACCACUAAUAACAAGGAAGAAGAGAAAGCUAAAGAAACUGCGCAAACGCAAGCGAGAGAAACUAGAUGUGACUGAUGAGAUGUUGGCCGAGAUGCAGCGGAUGAGCGAGAAACUGGAAGAGAUGCAGUAUGUUGAACCAGCACCACAGAAGCCGGAGAAGAAAUCCAGCGAGGACAUCAAAGCGUUCGCGAACGUCAUAACAAUAGUAGAAAAUUCGUAUGUCUGUCCCUUCGAUACCUCUUUCAGUGAUUAUUUCUGUAUAUACUGUAGACGCGUUUUCACAGACCCUAUUAAGUUAAGAGAACACACACUAACACACGAUCCGAACACGUUCAAAGAGGUCCUGUCAAACUACACGAACAAUAAAAAAAUUCAAAUUGACAUUGACAGGAUAGACUGUCGUCUAUGCCCGGAAGUGAUAAGUGACAUUGACGUUUUCAAACGUCACGUGACGUUACACGGGAAGGAAGUGCACGAGGCGCCGAACGAUUUUCUAAAAUUCAAACUAACUUCGGGAACGUUGUAUUGCUUAGAAUGCGGCAACACGUUCAGUUUUUUUCACGCGCUCAAAAAGCACAUGGCGGAACAUUUCGGUACUUGCAUUUGCGAUGUUUGCGGCGCGCAUUAUUUCGAAGAGCGAAUGCUUGUUUUGCACCAAAAAACACAUAAACCGGUGGACGAAGUUUUCAAUUGUAAAGAGUGCGGGAAGAAUUUUAAAUCGAAAUACACUAGGUAUAUACACAUUGCGCGGAAUCAUAAAAAAGAAGCGGCGUAUCAGUGUAGUAAAUGUGACGAAGUGUUUUUCUCGUAUACCCUCCGGUAUCGGCAUAUGAUAGACUAUCAUGGGGAAGAGAGAUUGUUCAAAUGUGAUCAAUGUGACCGGACAUACGAUAGUAGGAAGUCGUUACGGGAACAUAACAGGCGGUUUCACUUGAAAAUACUGAAACACGAGUGUCAUUUGUGCGAUAAACGGUUUUAUUUGCCGUCUCGUUUGAAAGAACACUUGGCUAGUCAUACUGGGGAACGGAAUUUUCGUUGCGAAUUCUGUGGUAAGAGUUAUCCGAGAUUGCGAGGGUUAAAAGUGCACAUGCAGUCGCAUAAUAGUGAUAAGAAAUUUAAAUGUGUUAUGUGUAACGCGGCCUUUACGCAGAAUGUUAAUUUGAAAAAUCACAUCAAGCGGCAACACCAAGGGUUAGAUGUCAGUGAGGGUUAUCAAGAGUGUAAUUAAAUUGUUAAACAACA